CAAGUUUUUAAUCAUCCUUGCGACCGAGAGAGAGAGAGUUGUUUUUUCCACUUCUGACACUGUCUGCGAAACCACUUUCACUUCAACGACACGCGCAACGCAAAGUGAGCUGAGUGGUACGGUGGAGGCAUCGAGAGUGAGAGAAACUUCUAAAAAGUGGCCAAGAUGCGCUUAACAUUUCUCUUUCUGCUCAAGUUUUGGCCCCUACAAAACUUGAGUAAUAAUGCGUUCUUCACGGCUACCGCCCUGCGGCUGCGGAAAAACAGCAUCAAGGCAACGGCGUUGGGGCACAAUGCAAAGAGCAAGGCCCAAACGUGCUCUACUUCCUCUUCCACCGGCCACGCGGAUAGCAAAUCCCUCGGCCCUUACGACCUGGAUACGCACUACCGGGGCUGCUACCAAUUCAAAAACGCCAAGGAGUACAGCUCCCGGCAGGUGCUCUACCGAGCCGCAAAUGGAAAAUUUUCCGUCAAGGACUGCGCGGCGCAGUGCGAGGCCGACGUGUCCAUGGCGAGUUAUGCCAUCCUGUCGGAGGCGGGGGACAUUUGCGAGUGCGUCGAGGACUUGUCCACCGAUUCGAGCUCCUACCACAUCGGGAGCAAGAAGGAUUGCGACAGCAAGUGCAUUCCGGACCAGAGUGAGUGCGGUAGCUACGACGGGGAAUUCAAAUCCGUCUAUUGGUGGAGUCGGUGCACGAAGCCGGGGCACGAAAAGCAGUCCGCGGCGCUGAAUCGCUGCAAGUGCGCGCACGGGAAGCCGAACGUCGGGGCGAAGUGUUUGGAGGACCACGCGCACAGCUGCGAAAGCUGCGCUGUCGGGUACACGCUGGAUGGGGAAACGUGCCAUGCGAACCGCUGCGAGUGUCCCCACGGCGACGCCUUCAGCGGCGAACAGUGCCCGAAGGACGGGGACGUGAACUGCAAAGAGUGCUUUCCCGGGUAUCAUCUCAACACCACAGGUGGGGGUGCCGUGCCGAGCGGCAGCGACAUUCCGAGUGCGGUCACAUUUCUUGCGCAGGUGAACGGGGGAAGAAAGAAUCACUGGUUUUUCGCCAAGAACCAAGACAGAAAAAAUGCCACUCUCCCGAUCGCGAUGCUGCCUCAGCAGACGUGCGAAAUCAAUGUUUGCCAGUGCCCGGGCGGCGCGGGCAACACUCCGGCGACCGGCGAGGACUGCCCGACGCACAACACGGUGAAAUGCUCCAACUGCACCGAGCCAGGCUUCUUUAUGAACAAGAUGCGUCAUGUCUGCGAGAAGAAAAAAUGCGUGUGCGACCUGACGACCGGCGUAGCCGCCACGGGGGUGGAUUGCCCGGCGCCCUUUGCGCACGUGUGCAAGUCGUGCAACCCGGGGUAUCAUCUGGACGGAAACGUAUGCGAGAAAAAUGUUUGCAACUGUCCGCACGGAAAACACGCGGAGGGGGCGGACUGCGAACAGGAUGGGAUGCUGAAAUGCAUGGAAUGCGAAGAGGGAUUUGACAAAUUGCCGGACGGGACCUGUGGGCCGAAAGUGUACUGCAGAUUGGUUUACUCAUUGCUUUGAUGUUGCUGUCAUGUAGUGCAUAACGUUUACUCAAUAUUUUUUGAGUCUCUUUGCCGGUCACCGUCUUUCGGCAAUUUUUUUCUGCUCUCAACCUCACAGUUGCCACUGCCCCGCGCACGGGGACCCGGCAAUCGGCGCUGCUUGUCCGGCCAACAACACCGCGGCCUGCGGGGUUUGCGACUACCACUUCCAGCUGAACCCCGACACGAAGCUGUGCGAUACCUUUUCGCCGAAAUACCUCGGCUGCUUCGAGGACGACGACAACCGGGAUUUGCCCGUGCUAAUGGCACCCACCGUGCACAAUGGCAACGACCGCAUGCCCGCCACGCCGGAGUCUUGCGACCUCUGGUGCCACAAUUACAAGUAUUUCGCGGUGCAGGGGGGCCACGAGUGCUGGUGCGGCAACGAGAUGCCGGCGCGGAAGAAACCUGACGCAGAUUGCAAACGGUGCGAGCACAAGGAAGCCUUGGGGAGUAUGAAAACUGCGGAAAAUCUGUAUUGCGGCGGCGGCUGGAGGAACAGCGUCUACGAGCACGAGCUGGGCGCGGACGUGCAGUACGUGGGGUGUUACGAGGACAAGGGGGACCGCGCCAUGUUGCCGUUUUUCGCGGACAAACCGUACACGCGGGACAUGUGUUUGGAGAAGUGUUAUCGUAAGGAAAAAUCCCCCCUCCCCAUAUUGAAAACGUAUCCGUCUGAAAAUUUGUGAUGCGCAUUUGUGACCUCAAAUCCUGUCUGUCUUGCAAGAAGGCAAGUCUAGAGAGCGCCCCGCAUUUUGCAGGCGGUUUGUGAUGCUGCUGGGCUUAAAGCAUACACGUUUUUCAUGCUAGGCGCCUACGUCAAAACCCCUCGACUGAGGCUUGACAUACGCCGGCAGUCCUCUAUUGCAAGACAAACCUGAUUUGUGUACGGAAAUCCAGCAUCAGAAACUUCGUUUCGAUAUGGGGAGGGGGGAUUUUUCCUCACGAUAAGUGUUUGCACGAGACCUCUGCCGAUUCUGCCUUCGGCUCCGCCUCCCUGUACUUCGCGAUCCAGAACGGGGCCGAGUGUGCGUGCGGCGACGGCUACGAUAGGUACGGCGUGAAGCCGGAUAACGACUGCAAGACGACGCAGUGCGCCGCGGGCCUCGGUGGCCGUCGGGAUAGAAGUAGCUGUGGCGGCGGGUGGCGGAAUUCCGUGUACCGGUACGUGGGGAACACGUAUGACAGGGGGGAAUCCGGGAGCGCGCGGACCGCCAGCUACAAGUCCGUUGACGGGGUGUCUUACCACUUCGGCACGAACUACGGGAAGACCGGCCAGUGCCCGAGUGGGUCGAAUCUGGCGACGGUGGAGACGCCGAAGCAAAUGCGGUUCAUCUACCAGCUCAUGGGGAACGUGCAGCACGGGGUAGUGCUGGGCUAUACCGACGCGGUGAACGAUGGCGAGUGGGUGUAUGCGGAUGAUCACACGCCAGUCCUCCCCGCACCCCACGGACCCCUAGCCUGGCACGUGAAUGAGCCAAAUAAUUGGGGCGGGAACGAAGACUGUGCGAUCCUCCUUGGAUUCGGAAAGUUCAACGACGUGCCAUGCGACAUUCUGUCCAAGGGAAACGCGUUCUUUGUGUGCAGCAAGCGAGACUACUGAGGAAAGGGACGAGAAGGCAUGCGCAUGUUCGUUUGUUCUUGCAAAUAAGUAUUUUUUCUUUUCCCGCUCAGCAUUUUUCCAAGUGUUUCUUUGCGCUGAGGUGAAGGUUGACGCCUUCGUGACUCAUGACGAACAUUGCACAUGCAAGGUACUGCAGAUGUAG